AUGGGUAACGUUGGUGAUUUUGAAGAGGUUAUUCUGCACGAUUUGAAACCUUAUUAUCACUUUCCCGGUGCCAUACACAGUGAAGGAAUAACCUUCGUCAAGGAAACCAAUACAUUGUUAUGGGUUGAUAUUUUUAAAGGGCAAGUUCAUAAGGUUGAAGAUAUAAAACAUCCCGAGUCCAGUCAUUCCUUUUUUCGUAUUACUAGGGCCAAUUAUGGCAAGAACUCGCCAAUUGAGUAUCCUCCUAACCCAGAUGAAUUAAAGGAAUCCGUGGGCUGCAUAUUUCCAAUACUCGAUGAAACUUCCCACAAUGAAGUCAAACAAGUAUUAUUUGGCAGUAAAUUUGGUAUAGGUAGGUUGGAUUUUAGCACUAGCGAAUGGGAAUACGUCAUCUUGUAUUCCGAAUGUCCUGACUUAAGCACAGACAGAGCAUAUAAAUUGAGAUCCAAUGAUGGGAACGUUUCACCAGAUGGGAAAUAUAUUUAUGUGGGGCUAAUGAGCGAUUUUCCAUUUGAAUUAGAACCUAUUGGGUGCUUGCUUCGUGUUGAUCUACUAGCUCGCGAGAUAAAGAUCGUUUGGAAUUGUUUGUUAAUUCCUAAUGCCAUCCACUGGGAUGAAAGCGAUCAAAAGACGAUGUACGUGACGGAUUCUUUAAACUUCACUAUUUGGAAGUGUCCUGGUGGCGAUUUGCUCAAACGCGACGAGUUGAUUGAUGUGAAAAACUCUAACAAUCAAUCUUUUGAGUCACCUGAGCCGGAUGGAAGCGCGGUUUGGUUUAGCAAAGACGGAAAACAUUCUGGUUUUCUGUUUAUCACUGUCUGGUCCACCAGCAAAGUUCAAAUGUUCGACCUAGCCAACGGAAAGUUGCUGAAGGAGUUUCUUUUGCCGGAGCAGACUCCAAGAGUUUCAUGUUGUUGUUUUGUUGGUAAAGAUCUUUUUGUGACUACUGCAAAUGCAGAAAUUAACGACACUGUAAGAACCAAUGCUGACAAGAAUGGUGGCUGCAUCUAUAGAAUCCCAAACGUGCUGGACGGAAAUGUCCCUCUGGAAUCUACGAAGCGACAACCUCUCCACUAG